CCUGUAGCACAACAGUAUGACACAAACCAAAGCCAAAGCGGUUCGCGCUGGUAGUCGUGCAUCGCGGUCCAGCCUGGUUAUUUCUUUGUUGGAAUUCAUGCGCGACCGUUUAGUUCGCGUCUGACGGCGGGACAGUGUAGUUCGCAAAGUGAUUUUGAAGGGUGAGUUCUGUCUCUUUCCGACCAACGACGGUACGGUGCGAAAGGCGUGUGUCCAAAGGGAUGGUGUGGUCCCAGUUUAACCGCCCGCGCAGGGUGUGGAUCUGUAUGGAAGGAUGACUCAGAACGAUUUGCUUGAGCUGGGGCUUUGUUGGAGGAGUAUUAAGUGAAGAGGUUGCUUUUGCUGUGAAGAUUUGUUCGAGUGGAAAAGUGUCCGAUGUUCGGCGGGAACGGGGUCGCAAAUAUUUCCCUCGUAUCGGGAGAUGUUAUUUCGACGAUUGUGUUUGCUGUAGCAAUGGUUCCAGUAGGCUGCUGUUGUGCGAAAUGAGAAAAAUUUCAAUCUUUUCGAGCAUUUGUGCUGCCAGGUGGUGCAAAAGUAUACAAUAGUGUUUUCAUGAUAUCAGCAAAGAAACAAAAAAUCAGCAUCGAAAUGAAUAAUUUAGCGAGUGACGAAUAACAAAGGUUGAUACAUAUGAUGGUGUAAAAUGGUCAACGAAAUUCAACCGCUAGGCUGUUAGAUUCUUCGACAACAACGAAAUGGAACUACCGAGAGGAGCCAAGGUAACCCAUGCCGGGCUUAUGCAGCACACCCCGGAUGGGAAGAAGGAGAUUCAGAAAAUAACUCAGGCGGGACUGGUGGCUCGCUCGCCGGAGGGAACCGCAGCCAAGGGUAUGAACAUUCGCGGAAACGAAGACCUAUGGGUGGAGAUACAGGCGAAUACCUUCAAAAAUUGGGUAAACGAACACCUUCGAGAUUCGGGAAUGCAGGUCACCGAUUUUCACGAUGAUUUUUGCGAUGGAACAUACCUUUGUGCCCUAGUGGAAGGUCUUCAGAAACGUCCGUUGAAACCCAGCUGGAGCAAAAGACCCGCAAACCAGCAUCACUAUCUGGAAAACGCGACCACGGCGUUGAACGCCAUCGAAGCGGAUGGGGUGAAGCUAGUCAACAUAGGCAACGUUGACAUCGUCAACGGUAACGUGAAAUUAAUCCUGGGUCUUAUAUGGUCGCUGAUUGUGCGUUACCAGAUCGGUAGAAGUAAGUUCCCACCGCGGAAGCUCAUGCUGGCAUGGCUGCAGGCAGCUCUUCCGGAUUGCAAGGUGACCAAUCUAACUACGGAUUGGAACAGCGGGGUCCUACUGUCGGCUCUGUUGGACUAUUGUGAGCCCGGGAUUUUCCCCCACUGGCGUACGCUGGACGUCCACGACUCGGUUAGGAAUUGUGAGCGGGCCAUGAAAAUUGCUUACGAUCGAUUCGGAAUUCCGAAGGUGUUGGAACCAGAAUAUCUCGCAUCCAGCUGGUUAGACGAGCUUUCCGGGAUGACUUACCUGUCGUACUUUAUGAAACCGGAUGGACCGGGAUACAACGCUACCAUGCGGUGGGUCAAUCAGACGGUUAAGAGACCGGUUUCGAAUUUUACCACGGACUUCAACGACGGGAAAGUAUUCUGUGAGAUCAUUAAGGAUCUGGGAGGUCCCGUCCCGGAUCCCAGCAAGCUUAGUUCUGACCCUGCACUGUGGGAGAGUAAUCAAAACAAGGUUAUCGAAGGUGGCCUCAAAUUAGGAGUCAAACCGGUUUUGGCUGCUAAGGACAUGGCUAUGGCGGAUGAGGAGCAUCUGGGAAUUAUGGCCUAUACCACCUGGUUGCGAUGGGUUAUUCCAAGGCCGCCACUGGCAGAUAUGCUGGUUGUUCAUUUGGAAAGUAAUUCCGGGCGGAUUGGAGAACCUACAAGAUUUAAGGUAGAAGUGCUAUCCCGAGAAAUCGAGAUGUCACAGGUGAAGGCAUUCGUGAGCACUCCUAACAGCAACAUUCUGCAACCGGUGAAGUUAAAUGCUAGGGGAGAAGGGACGUACAUUCCUGACAAAUACGGAAUGCAUGAAAUCGUGUUGGAGGUCAAUGAUAAUCAAUUGGGUGGUUGUUUCUUCAGAGUCUUACCGCGACUGGUGCACGUGGCUCCACCUGGGAUGGCACCGUGUGCUUUGGGUAGUCUUGUUGAAGUUCUUGUGAAUGCUACCGGUGCUCCAAAGUUCGAAGACAUCAUGGUGACGGCGUACAGUCCAUCCGGAAGACCAUUGAAGUGCCCGUUAAAGAAGAUCGAUCACGGACACAGUGCCAUAUUCAAACCGGACGAAGCCGGCGUUUGGGAGAUUGCCAUAACGUACCAGGGACGCCACAUCCAGGGUGGUCCAUUCAGCUGCUCGGUGUUCGAUCCCAGUGGCGUCUCGGUGCACGGACUCGAUGGUGCCAUGCCACUGCGGGCUCACUCGUUCGAGGUGGAUGCCCGGGGAGUUGGAGUCAGCGGUGAGCUGCAUGUGGACAUCGUGCACGACAAGCGUUCGCUGGUUUGUUCGGUGGAGAAAUUGCAGGAGAACAAGUACCAGGUGACGUUCAUGCCCAGACAAAACGGGAAGCAUCGGGUGUAUAUAUAUUUCAAUGGGUACGAUGUCAAAGGAUCACCUUACAUUAUGCGAGUUGGUAGCAAGGGCCGAUCGGGUAAGACACGAAGCAGUCCACUUCAUGAUAGCAGGAUGAGGUCCGAAAGUCCUUCGUUUCAUUUCAACACGUCAUCUGUGAACAGGAAAAAUGAAACCGUUAGACGGGAUAUUUACUCGCCACAAACCGUGCAAACUACGAAAGAAUCAUACGCUACCCGGGUUACUUCUCCGAUGCGGGAAACUCCAUCGCCCAGAGAGUUUCAUAACAACAGUUAUAGGUCCGAAUACAAAAAUCUUUCGUCCAACAAUGAUCACGCGUUCAGAAAAAGCACGGAAAUGCUAGCGAGUGAUUCGAAAACUCCUACUCUGGACGAUGCGUACAAUUACGUCAAAACAGUUCGCACCGAGAAUCACGUUACUAAAACUAUUCGCCAGCAUCGUGAUUCGGAGAGUCCAAACUUGAUCCGUGCUAGUCCCGGCCUGAAAAGCCCACAAACAGUUUCGUCAACGAUUUACGAGUCCAACUCGAGAAAUGCUACCGCUAGUCCCAAGUUCUACACUUCCAGCACUCGUUAUGUACCCUCUCCCGUAGAGCACCGCAUCUCUAGCCCAAUCAACAUGCACGAGAAAAACGAAACGUACAAAGUUACCGAACGUGAGUCGUCUUACAAGAGCACUAUCACCCGAGACGUUAUCCGCGAUAGUCCACCUGUUGAGAUGUACAAGUCUUCUCCGGUGGCACCCGUAGAUUAUUCAGCGAACAUUAAGGUGACAUCGAACAACGGACCGUCCCGCCGUGACAGUCGGGAUGUGAUCAACAAGACGAAGCACAUGUUUUCGCACAACUCACUUGAAUCGUUGGCCAAUUUGACAGAGAAACAACUGAACACGGACUUGACCUUUGAUCGUACCGUCGAUCAUCAGACGGAGAAAAACACACAGUUCAACAAAUUCUCACUGGGUGAUGGAAACUACCGCGGCGAUCGGAAAGUUAUCGAUGACGAGGGAUUGUAUCGUUCGGGUGGAUACUUGAAGAACUAUAAAACCGAAUCGAACGAACGGUAUGAGAAGUACACUACGCUGAACAGUGGUUUCGAACCGAUUGGACGAGAUGUGACCGGUGCGAGGGCGAUUCGCGUUCAGGAUAUUCCCGAUGGGGUUCUUGGUCGGCCGGUGGAGUUUGAGAUUGACGGUUCUCAGGCUGGCUCCGGGAACCUGGAGAUCCUGGUCAAUGGAGGUCGUGUAACUUCGGCCGUGCGAGCUUUGGGCAAUCAGCGUUUCGUUGCAAGUUUUACGCCGCAUGAAUCCGGUGUUCAUACGGUGCAGAUAACGUUCAACGAGGAAACGGUACCAGGUUCACCGUGGAAUAUCAACAUAAUGUCCUCACCGGGACUAACGGCUCUCGGUGAAUCCACCCGGUUGGUACCGGCAAGUGUGCCGGCGGUUUUUGAGGUCCUGCCGCCUCCUGGAGCUUCGAUCCGGGGCAGUGACUGCGUGGCGACCGUGCUCUCGCCUAGCAAGAGCAAAGUCAACGCGCGAGUCACCCACGAGGCGGCCAACGGUGCACUGAGAAUCGAGUUCGUCCCGAACGAGGUCGGGACGCACAUAAUCGAAGCAUCGAUCGGCGGAACAACCUUGGUCGGUGGACCUUUGAUAGCGAAAGUGUACGAUUCGAGUCUAAUUCAGGUGACUGACGUUAAUGGUGGCGUGGUCGGUCAGCCAUGCCAGUUCAGAGUGGAUGCCAGUGCGGCCGGAGAGGGUCAGCUGGAAAUUUCGAUCAACGAAGGCGAAGUUCCGAACCACGUUCAAGUCGUUGGGGGUGGAAGAUGUUUGGUGUCAUUCACACCGGAACAAGCGAAGCCACAUUUAAUUGAUAUUAAAUUUAACGGUGAAACGGUAAUCGGAUGCCCGUUCGUAUGUUCAGUAGCCGACACUAGUCGAGUUUUGCUCAAUCUGUCCAAUCUGGAACUGAUUCCCGUAAACAGACCGGCUUCAUUUCACAUUACAGUUAGCGGUGGAGGGGCAGCUGAACUGGCAGUAAGUGUUCGUGGUCCUCAAGGAGAACUACCCGUCAGAGUAACCGGUGAUAUCCACGCGGGAUUUACCGCUGAGUUUACCCCGAAUCAUGUGGGAGCUCAUACGAUCAAUGUGGAGUACAACGGAUACCCUGUUCAAGGAACGCCUUUCGUGGCAAAAUCGUACGACCCGACCAAGGUUGCCGUGGGAUCAGUUUCAAAAGGAACCGUCGGCCGGCCAGUACAGUUUACGGUAGAUGCCGGAGAUGCCGGUGAAGGAAAUUUGGAGAUCACAAUCUCCGCCAAAGGCCAUAACAUUCCUACUCAAGUGCAUCCCCAGGGGAACGCCAAAUUCGCCGUAUCCUUCGUUCCCGCCGAGCCAUGCGAGCACAUAAUUAACGUUUCGUUCAACAAAAUGUUGGUCCCGGGCUGUCCGAUAACGGUUGUCAUCAACGGUGGAACAACCGGACCCCAGGUAUCGCUGGGUGGCCCUGGACCGCUGCAUUUGCCGAAUUCGCUAAUCAUCAACCACGCCGGAGGCCGACUGGAGGAUAUUGAGGUCAACGUUGAAGGACCAUCCGGACACUCGGUACCGGCGCAGGUGCUCCAAACGGCGGACGGUGUGUUCAAGGCUGAGUUUGUUCCGCGGGUUGUCGGAGAACAUCGGGUCAGCGUGACCGUCGAGGGUCAGCCAACGGUCGGCAGUCCGUACUCGGCGAAGGUGUACGACGUCACCGCGAUCAAGGUGAAGAACGUGAACAAUGGCACCGUGGGAAAACCGGUCGUAUUUUUGGUGGAAACUUCCCAGGCGGGACCAGGCAACCUGGAGGUCACAGUCAACGGAGGGCGUGUUCCAACUUCGGCACAAGCUCAAGGUCAACAUACGUACGCGAUCAGUUUUACUCCACGUGAAGCGCAGAACCAUACGGUGGAACUGCGAUUCAACGGGCAGGAUGUGCCGGGAAGUCCGUUCACAUGCAAGGUAUCCCCCGCUGCAAGAAUCGUUGCCAACGAUCUGAUGGAUAAGGUCAGCGUAGGACAUGUGUUUGAUUUCUUGGUAGAAUCGGACAUUUCGCCGGUUGUUGAAGUGCUUGGACCUGCUCGGCGAGCCGUUCACGCUGAUGUGACUCCUGCUCCCGAUGGGUACAAAGUGAAAUUCGAACCUAUCGAAGUGGGUGACCAUUCUGUUGAGGUUCGCCUACCUGGCAGUGGCCACGUGGAAGGGAGUCCGUUUUUGCUAAAAGCGUAUUCAGCGGAGAAGGUAGUCGUGACGGACAUUAGACCGGGGAUCGUUGGAAAGAGUGUUAGCUUCGGUAUCAACGCCAGCCAAGCCGGAGCGGGUAACUUGGAGAUUAUUGUUGCAGUUGGAGGAAAGAACGUUCCAAACUUUGUACAGUCGGAGGGAAAUGCUCGGUUUAAAGUAAACUUUAAGCCUACGGAAGCUGCAACACAUUCGUUGUCGGUGCGAUUCAAUGGGUAUCCGGUCCCAGGGUCGCCAUUUGCUUGCCACGUGACACAUGCCCCGCUGUCCCUGUCGAGAGCCAUCGCCAGCGGAGAAUCGCUGCGGCAGGCUCCGGUUAAGUGUGAAAACAUUUUUGAACUGGAAGGAUUUGAUGGAAUCGAUCCUCAGGUCCUGAUCACAUCACCUUCAGGAGAUACUGUUUCAUGUAGAGUGUCCUACCGCGAUGAAAUUCAUUUGGUUUCUUUUGUUCCGACUUCGGUGGGAAGACACUUGAUCAGCGUGACCGCCAACGAUCAGCAUAUUAACGGAUCGCCAUUCUCGUGCAACGUGUUCGACGUUUCGCGCGUUGCGAUCAGUGGAUUGGAUCAUCACAACACUUUGGCUUCACUGGGAGUUCCGUUAACGUUUAGUGUGGAUGCUGCUGGCGCUGGUGAAGGUACGCUUGAAUUGGUUGUGUCGACGGCUACCAGCACCGUUAAAGCAGAGGUCACCGCUUGUGCCAGAGGACUGUACGAUGUAACAUUCGUUCCCCAAACUUGUGAGCCACAUUUUGUCAACAUCACUUUCAACGAUCUUCCGGUUGAUGGAAGUCCUUUCCGAUGCGAGGUUCAACAGAAUACUCAACAUGUUCAGGUUGGAAACAGCACCUUCAUAGAGUUGGCUGGUGAAGAUCAAAGUGUUGAGAUUUACGAUCCGGAUAAUAAAAUGGUACCGUUCACGCUAUCUCGUAAGUCUGCCGAAUUCAAGGCGACCAAGAUCGGGAGCUACAUUGUUCGUUACAUCGAUCAGGAGACCAGAACAUUCAUUGCGGCUAGAACCAUAAACGUGUUUGAUCCUUCCAUGGUAAAAAUCGUGGAGGUAGGUGAAGCUUACUGCCACAAGCCAGCUUCGUUGGCAGUUUCGAUCAUGGAUGCAGGACAAGGAACUCUGACUUCUGUAGUACGUUGUGGGGGUCUAGAGGUUCCCCAUUCGAUCCGAGGACCAACCAAGAACGGAACUUGGGAGAUCGUGUAUCAUCCCACUAGAGUCGCUCCACAUAAAAUAAUGAUUCUGUACAAUCAGGUUCCGAUCGCCAGUAAACCGAUCGAGAUCAAUGUGUUGGCGCCAGCUAUGAGUAAAGAGAUAACCGUCAACGGUCUAGGUUUGUACCAGGCUCGAGUCGGCAAGACAACAUCGUUCGCCAUCGACACCGUUGGUCAUCCGGCACGGGAGUUUGAUGUGGUCGUUUCCGGCCCGGGAGGUCAAGCUCUGCCGGUGCGUUGCUACCAGACCAAGGGAGGCCACCUGCAGGCGGAAUUUACGGUGCAAAAAGUUGGACAAUGUUUGAUUGACGUACUCCAUCAAUCGAAACCAUUGCCGGGAAGCCCGUAUACGUGCGAAUCGUACGAUCCUUCGAAGAUCCACCUGCAAAAAGUGCCGAAGAUGAAUCUCUGUUCCAAUUCACCAAUCAGCUGGAACGUGAAAUCAGAGUCAGCGGGAGUAGCCGAAAUCGAGGUAACCGUACUGUCACCCACCGGACAGAAUGUUCCCGUCAAACUGAUCCAGCAGGAAGACUACGUUCAUCAGAUCGAAUUCCUCCCACUAACAGCGGGACACUACAAGGCAACCGUGGUGUACGGUGGAGAGAAUGUGCCGGGAUCACCCAUGACGUUUGCUGUUCAAACCAUCGGCAACAAAACGGACAGCCAUGCAUCCGGAAAUGGGCUAGAGGUUGCGCACCGUGGAAAAGAGACCUCUUUCGUGGUGUUCUGCCCAACUAUUCCCAAUGUGCAAAUCGAACGGUGUGACGAGCAGGCUGAGCGGAUCGAACCGAGAAUCAAAAAUCUGGGCAAUAAUGAGUGGAAAAUUUUCUACACAAUUUUAACGGUUGGAGAAUACGAAAUAAGGGCCAGUUGUACCAAUAGAGGACCACUGCCUGGAUCACCGUGGACAAUUGCUUGUUUAGAUCCGGCAAAGGUCACGCCGAUCGGAGGUUGGGGCAGUUUGUUGGAUAGUAACGGGAAGUUACUUCUUCCGGUUAAAAUUGCUUUCGAUACCAGCAUGGCCGGACCGGGAGAGUUGACUUGCUAUGUGAAUGGCAAUGACGUCGCUGUCGAGAAGCAAAACAGCGGAAGAAGUUUGCUUUACCUGUCAGAUGAAGGUCUCUCGAAAGGUGAACACAGUUUUGAUUUAACCUGGUCGGGCCUAUCAAUCUCCCAAAGCCCUGGGUACGUUUUUGUAACAGGAAAUUCAUCAGCAGCCGAUAAGGUCGUUCUGACAGGCCGAGGACUCACUUCCGCUCAAGUAGGUGAAAUCUCUCACUUUACGAUCGAUGCCUCGGAAGCUCUUUCCGGUAAACCGGAAGUUCACAUGCACUACGAAGACGGAGAAAAUCUGCCAGUGACAUUGUUACAACCAAGACCCAAUGAACUGAUUUGGUUGGCAUCCUAUAAUCCCCACAAAUCGACAGGUGGCCCAUUAAGCCUUGCCGUAGAAUGGAACGGACGGCCCAUCAAAGGAUGUCCACUGACCAUUUCGGUCGGCCCAGCGGUGGAUGCCGCUAAGGUACUUUGCUCCGGUGAAGGUCUCCGAAAUGGGGUGGUAGGCCGCGACAUUAAAUCAUGGAUCGAUACUCGAAGAGCCGGACCGGGAGAACUCACCGCGCAUUGCACCGGUCCUCGUAAGGUUGCGUACUGCGAACUGUACGAUCACGGAGAUGCUACGUUCACACUGAAUGUUAAACCGCAGGAACCUGGAAGACAUUCGCUCACGAUCAAAUAUGGCGGACAGCAUGUACCCGGUUCGCCGUUUACGCUGAGAGUUGCGGGAGCACCCGACGCCAGUAAAGUUCGCGUGUACGGACCAGGAAUUGAACAUGGAGUUUUAGCUACCUUCCAGUCGCGGUUCAUUGUGGACACCCGGGGAGCCGGAGCUGGGCAGUUAACGGUACGCGUGCGAGGUCCUAAGGGUGCUUUUCGAGUAGAAAUGCAACGUGAAAGUCAAAAGGAUAGAACCAUUCUGUGCAAGUACGAUCCAACUGAGCCAGGCGACUACCGCGUUGAGGUCAAGUGGGCUGGAGAAUUGGUGCCCGGUUCUCCGUUCCCGGUGCUGAUUUUCGACACACAGGAAGAGUUGAAACGAUUUUUACACGGCAAUUGAAAAUCAAUCUAAACCAUAUAAGUAUUUUUGUGCAGUUUGCCUACUCGUAAGAUGUUGACUAAUUUAUACAUUAGAUCAGAAUUUUCUGAAAGUUACAAAAACAAAACAAUAAAACAUUCUUUAUUUACAGCAAAUGAAUAAAAAACA